AGGGUCCCAGGGUUUGCUAGCACUUCCCCCCAACCUUUCUUUGGCCCCUCCCUCCGGAAUGGUCUCAGGGAGCCGUAGUCGGGUCCGCCCUUUCCCUGGGCGGGAGUGUGGACGCGACCGGAGGCGGGACCUCGGAGUGCUGGGACCCGGCCCCGAGCAACUUCCCGUGACCUGGGACCUUCGAGCGCCCAGACGACGGCGAGAUGACGGCUGGGAGCCCCGGAGACUGCGGGGAGGUGCGGAGGAGCCCCGAGGGCCGCGUCUCUCGCCUGGGCCGCCGCCUCGGCCGGCGCCGGCGCCCGCGCUCUCCACCUGAGCCUCUGCGGGUGCGGGCGCGGCUGCGACUGCGCUCACCGUCGGGGGCUUUCGCCGCGCUGGGGGCGCUCGUGGUACUGGUGGGCAUGGGCAUCGCAGUGGCCGGCUACUGGCCGCACCGUGCCGGGGCUUCAGGGCCUCGAGCUGCCAAUGCCAGCGCGCCCCCCGUGAGCGAGCUGCGACGCGAGGGUCGUAGCGCUGGCCGGGCCCAUGGUCCGCACGAGCGGCUAAGGCUCCUUGGGCCGGUGGUCAUGGGCGUGGGCCUGUUCGUGUUCAUCUGCGCCAACACGCUGCUCUACGAGAACCGCGACUUGGAGACACGCCGGCUUCGCCAGGGCGUGCUGCGGGCUCAGGCCCUCCGACCCCCCGACGGCCACGGCUGGGACUGCGCUCUUCUCCCCAGCCCGGGUCCCAGGACUCCCCGAGCCAUAGGCUGCGCAGAGCCAGAAAGUUGGGACCUGUCCCCCUGUCGGGGAACUUCACCCGUCCCGUCAGUGCGGAGUCUGCGUUCAGAGCCUGCUAACCCUCGCUUGGGGUUACCUGCCCUGCUCAACAGUUACCCGCUGAAGGGCCCCGGACUGCCCCCACCCUGGGGUCCUCGGACCCAAACUGGCCAUGUGAUUAUCACCGUGCAGCCCUCUGGUUCCUGCAUCGAACAUUCCAAGUCUCUGGACCUGGGCCUUGGGGAGCUCCUGCUCGGGGCCCCAGUAACUCGGGACUGUGCUCACCGAAGCUGGCCACGGCUGGACCGCCUCAGUCUGGGGGGUUAUGCCAAGCUGGGGGGAGGAGGAGGGGACUUGGGGGCCCAGGUUUGAGCAGGGACAGCCUGCUGUGAGGCUACAGCAUGGACUGUUGUAACAGGACCAGAAGUCCCAGUGUCCACUAGAUGUUUCUAGUCACAUACCAGACUGGGGAUGGAUGCUCUGGUCCCAGCAGCUGCUAUGGCAUCCUGGUUUGCAUGUCGGUGGAGAAAUGCCAACUGCACAAGGAUUCAGUAAGCUGGAGAGAACGUGUUUUAAUGUGGAGUCUGGAGACCAGCAUGACGUGGCCUCAGGAAUUCCUUCAGCCUCCAAAUGUGGCCUUAGCCCUGACAGGUACUGACUGGGGCUGGGGGUUCAGGCCAGGGUGAUUGAGAGAUACACCUGAUGUCUUGGCAAAACCCAAACUGGUGGGCAAGGACCCCUAAGACUUGGAAAGUGGGCUGGGAUGUUACUGGCUAGGACAGGCUCUCUCCAAGGUGUCACUGGUGAUGGGGUUUGAGCCUCCAGUGGACAAUGGGAUAGAGCUGAGACCUUCCACUGCCAUCUGGGAAGGGGACUGAGCCUUUAACUCCUACCACCUCAACCCCUUUCUGCCCUCAGCCAUGCAGGGUACCUCCCAUUAGGGCUACACUACUGCCAAUGCCUCCACACCGAGGGUCUGGCCCCUCUCCCCAAUGGGUCUGAGAAGCCCCCUUCUCUCCUCUGUUGUGGCCUGUGCUGCAAAAGCUCCCUCCAGUUGACAAAGAGCAUUUGCCAGUUUUCAAAGAUCUUUUAUAAGAUGUUAAAGCUGCAAUUUUGGCCAAUGUGGGUAGCUUAGGUUAAAAAAUGGUUUGAAUGUGGUUCUCCCCCACCCAUGUUUAAUCUUUCUCCUGGUAAGGGAAGAGAGCUUUAAAAGUCAAUCAAUCCUCACAGUCUGGUUUUUUUUUUUUAAGUUUAUUGAAAAAUG